AUGCUGUCUGCCUUGAAGGGUUUGGGUGCCCUGAAGAACUUUGCUUCAAGAGCUGUAGUACCAUCAACGCAAUCACUAUUUGCUCGUAGUGUGCAAACCGAUGCUGCUGCUGCUGCUACUGCUUCUUCCCAGGGCUUGUUGACCAAGCUUCGCGAUCAACUUCGAUACUAUGCUAUUGCCGAGAUUGCAGGUCGUCCUUUGUUGAUUACCAAGAACGAUAAGGUGGUCGUGCACCGUCUCAAGGAUGUAAACGUGGGUGAUGUGAUCAAACUCGAUCGUGUUCGUGAGCUUGGAAGCAAAGAUUACACCAUCAAGGGAGCUCCUUUUGUCGAUGAAAAGUACUACAACAUUAACGCCACCGUGAUUGAACACACCAAGAGCAAACUCAUCCGCAUCGUCAAAAAGAAGAGAAGAAAAAACUACAAGCGUACCAUCGAGCAUAAACAAACCCAUACUGUGCUUCGCAUCAACAACCUUGACAUUAAUGCUGCUUAG